UUCUUGCCUCCUUAGUCCCUUUCCUCUAGCAGCAAAAUCUCUGCUCUCUCUCUCUCUUUAAGCCAGCCUUCGAGAUCCAGAUUCUAAUCACGAAACGCAACAUCGUACAACUCAAUUGGAGGCAUUAUUUACCAAUUUUUCGGAAAUUAUUUGGAAGGAAUCGAAAUCGGUGAUCGCAAUUAGGGAAGAAUGCAAUUCUUCGGCGGUUCAGAGAUCAGCCCGUCGCCGCCGGUGCCGACGGCGUCUGGGAACAACGCGCACAUGAUGUACGUGUUUAACAGGAACGGCGUGUGCCUACUUUACAGAGAAUGGAAUCGUCCUCUUCGAACCCUCAAUCCCCAGCAAGACCACAAGCUCAUGUUCGGCUUGCUCUUCUCCCUCAAGUCCUUGACCGCCAAGAUGGACCCCACCACUGCGGAUAGAGGGAAUCUAGGGGUUCCUCAAUUGCCAGGUCAAGGUUGCUCCUUUCACAGCUUCCGUACUAAUACCUACAAGCUCACUUUCAUGGAAACUCCUUCUGGUUUGAAGAUUAUAUUGGUUACUCAUCCUAGGACUGGUGACCUAAGGGAAUCCUUGAACCACAUUUACAACUUGUACGUUGAUUAUGUUGUCAAAAACCCCCUUUAUUCUCCUGGGACUCCAAUUAGGUGUGAGCUUUUUAACACAUUUCUGGACCAAUAUUUAAGGAGCAUUGCUUAGAAGCCCAAAGCACUCUCUCUCAUCAUGGUUGCAAUCUUUAGUUGGGCAAUGAGCUGUCAAAUACCUUAUUCCAAGCCGGUGUUAUGAAUCCAUUUUUUACAGGGGGUGAAGUUUGCCUAUAAAUUCUGCCUCAGAUAUCGCAAAAUAUUAGGCUGUUGGGAGAAAAGAACAAGAAAGUAGAUUCCAUGUAUUUUCUUUUAGUAGCUGAGCAUCCUGUUGGUUGCACUUGUAUUUGUGAAAUCACUACUAUCUACUAAACUUCUCUUUUUGUUUCUUUGAAAAAAGUUAUUCAUUCAAA